UCCAGAAUUUGAGUUGCAGGUUUAGGAGCUAGGUCACAGCAUUAGGCUGUGGAGUGAGAAGGUGUAGAGAAAGUGUCCUUCACGUCUCCGAUUAACAACAUGCCAUCAACUUGGGUACAUGCUUUUGGUUUCACUUUAUUGCCAAACGUGGGAGGAAUUUUUGGUUCUCGGAUAACACGGAAAGAAAUUGCUGGUUGGUAUGCAACUCUCAAAAAACCAUCUUGGUGCCCCCCUAACUGGGUUUUUGGUCCCGUUUGGACAACUUUAUACACUAGCAUGGGUUAUGGCUCCUACCUGGUGUGGAAGGAAUUGGAUGGAUUCACUGAUAAAGCAUUGAUCCCACUUGGUUUAUAUGGAACUCAACUUGUCCUUAACUGGGCAUGGACUCCUAUUUUCUUCGGGGCACACAAGAAGGGACUGGCUUUUAUUGAACUAGUCUUCGUUUAUGCUACAGCAGCAGCUACAACUGUGACUUGGUACCCCAUCAACAAAACAGCUGCUUAUCUAAUGGUUCCUUAUUUGGCCUGGUUGACUUUGGCUUCUGCUCUAAAUUACUGCGUCUGGAGGGACAACAAGGAUAAGGACGAUUAGAACUACUAAUUACUGUGGAGCAUCUGGAAUCCAGCCUGUCCAACUAUACUGGCAAAUUGAAGAAUGUUGAUUAUGUCUACAGAAUUCAAGAUUAUAAUUAAACCUUUGGCUUAUACCUA